AUGAAAGUAUUUGAAAUUGAAAAAACUUGUCAAGGACCAUUUGCAAUAUACACAUUCAUUUCAGCUGCUACUUUUUUUACUUCUUUCUCUAAAUCUGGAUCUACAAUAACCUCACCUACAACAAUUUGUCCAAUUCAUCUUGCAGUUGAUGGUGAAGACACAAGUCAAAACAUUAUUGAUAAUAAGCAUUUAAAUGAAGAUGAUUAUUUAUUUAUAUGUUGUAAAAACAACAAUGAAAUUAUUGAACAUAACAAUGAUCAUAUCAUAUAUUCAUUGAAAGUGGGUGGCACUUUUGAAAUUGACAACAAAUUGAAGCAUUUUUAUACAAUUAUGCUUUGA